AUGGCCAAUCAAGGCUACGACGUCGUCGUGGACGUUGAUGCGGAGGGUGACCUCGGUCACACUGAUCUCCAGGAAGAUCUCGAAUUCCACCCUUCAAACUUCGAAAACGACCCCCGCAGUGCCAAAAUCCAAGCCGAUUCCCAACCCUUCCUAGGAAGCGAUAGCGGUCCAUCACGCAGCGGCGGCGGCGGUGGAAUCUCAUCCGGCAACGUCGGCGGAAAGCAUCAUCUCUGGACAAUCCAAUACUACAGCCAAUUCUUCGAUGUAGACACCAAUGAAGUCGUCCGCCGCUGUGUCGCUGCCGUAUACCCACGCUCCAACUUCUUGGAUGUUCUGGAUGGGAAUCCGGAUUUAUACGGACCGUUUUGGAUCGCGACUACGGUUGUCAUUAUCCUGUUCUUGACGGGGACUAUAUCUCAGUAUUUGGCGCAUGAGCAUGAUGAGCAUUUUGAGUAUGAUUUUCGACUGCUUUCCGGUGCCGCGGGGCUUAUAUAUGGGUACACGGGCGUGAUUCCCAUCGCACUCUGGGGCGCUUUACGCUGGUUCGGCAGUUCUAGCGCUGACCUGAUUGAGUGCUGGGCUCUGUAUGGGUAUGCGAACCUGUUAUGGAUUGCUGUUGCGUUGGCGAGCUGGAGUCCCCUGACAGCAUUGAACUGGGCUCUGGUUGGUGUCGGAUUUGCGUGGACGGUGUUUUUCCUCUUGCGGAAUCUGUAUCCGGUUCUUAGUGCGACGGAUGCGAAGACGAGUAAGAUUUUGCUUAUCUUGGUUGUUGUGUUGCAUGCUGGGUUGGCUAUUGCUAUCAAGGUCUUGUUCUUUGCUCAUGGCAGCCCCGCCUCAAAGAAGAACCGCCAUGACAACGAUGACAAGGAUAAGGAUCAUGAUGACAGGCGUAUGUUUUUCUAA